UAACGUUGAAACGGACGCCAUUUUGUUGGUAGUUUUGUAGAGCGUGGUGUUGGCCGACCGUUUGCUGUCAAUUGAAAUUAAUUUGUAAUUUCUUCUGUUUCGUAGUCCGAUACGAAAAGUCUAUUAUAGUCAUGUCAAAUGGUAGCGGAGAUAACGACGAUGAUGGCUAUGUCAUCAAAUUACGUGGUCUUCCAUGGUCUACCACUGUUGAUGAAAUUAUGAAAUUCUUUGGUGAUUGCUCUAUUUCAAAUGGUAAAACUGGUGUUCACAUGACCAUGUCAAGAGAAGGCCGUCCUAGUGGAGAAGCUUAUGUAGAAAUGGAUACACCGGAGGAUAUACAAAAGGCUUGUAAAAGAGAUAGAGAUCAUAUGGGUCAUCGUUACGUAGAAGUCUUUAAAGCAAAAAGGGGUGAAAUGAAAUGGGUAGUCAAGAGAAAUGGUUUUAAUCUAGAAAAUGCUAUGGACGAUGGUUGUGUGAGACUACGUGGCCUGCCCUUUGGAUGUUCCAAAGAAGAAAUAGCACAGUUCUUUUCAGGGUUGGAGAUAUUGCCGAACGGAAUUUCACUACCGACAGACUACACGGGCCGCAGUACUGGGGAGGCUUACGUUCAAUUUGUUAACAAAGAUGUUGCGGAGCGCGCUCUGCAGAAACACAAGGAAAAGAUAGGACACAGAUACAUCGAAAUCUUCCGAAGCAGUUUAUCCGAAGUGCACACUAGCAUCGGACCAAAAAUGCGAGGCGGUCCAAUGGGUGGCUUUAAUCAAAGACCGGCUCCCUAUGAUCGAGGUGCCCGUUUCGGUGGAAUGAACCGUUUUAGUAAUAACGGCAGAGGUUCCAGAAACAGAGAUUUUGAUGGUGGCCCCUGGGGAAGUGGUAACAAUUUUGAUUCCCGUGGCGGUAGCAUGGGUAUGCGAGGUGGGCUAGACAUGAAAGGUGGAAACUUUCGAGGAAGCGGUGACACAUGGGGUGGUAAUUCUGGCAUUCACAGUAUACAUAUGCGUGGUUUACCAUUCAAAGCUACAGAACAAGAUAUAGCCGAUUUCUUCAGACCUAUCGAGCCAUUGAAUGUUAGAAUUAUUCUCGAAAAUGGAGGUCGUCCUUCUGGAGAAGCAGACGUAGAAUUUACAUCUCACGAGGAGGCUGUUAAAGCUAUGUCAAAGGAUAAGAGUCACAUGUCUCACAGAUACAUUGAAUUAUUCCUAAAUUCAACUGGUGGAUCGAGUGGAAUGUCAUUGGGUGGUAUUGGAAAUUUCUGCGGAGGUUUGGGUAAUAACUUCAGGCCCGGCUACUCUCCAAACAGAGGUUUCAGCUCUCAGCUAGGAGGGAAUAAUUAUAAUAGUUUUUGAGGUCGGAUGUCGCGUUUCUUACGCUAUCGACGAUAAAAUGUUUCGUAAAUCAAACUUUUAUCACACUGAAUUAAUAUCGUCACAAUGAAACUUGGUUUCUGUGUUGCGUUUAAUUAGAAACUGAUUAAUACUAUUUCACUACGUUUUAUGAAGUACAUACACAUAUUAAUCGUAAACAAAACGUAAAAACUUAUGUUUCGGGUCUAAUAACGCUGAAGUAUUAUCAGUGGACAUUGAUUAGUUAAUUAUAUUUAGAAGAUAAGUUCGAUUGGCCAGAAUUCAUUAUUAUGUUUUACUUCGUCUUUCUUUCAUUUUCAUUUUAUUUUUACGAAAACAUUGAAUGUUAAAUUACAUGCGUUUCAGUUAUUAUAAGUAUAGAUCGUUUCGUAAAAGACACUUUAUAUAAAUUUAUUAGUUUAAUUUCGUUUUACCGUAUAAAGAUCUAAGUUAGGAAAAUCAUUUGAUAUUUUUUUUUCUUUCUGUUUCAUCGUUUCGAUGCAUUGUAUAUCCGCUGUUUCAUUAAAAACCUCACAAAAAGUGUUCCAAAUUCUAAUGAUAUCAUAAAGUAAGAAUAUUUAUAAAUUAUCUAAUAAAAGCUUCGACAACAAGUUAUUGGCAGAGUUAGGAAUAAUACGUUUGCAUUCGUGCAGAAUAUAGUUUAUAUCGAAUGCAAACUAUCAUCGGCAAUUAUUUCAUACUGUAAUAUAUUUAUCUGAAUAAUAAUUCACAGUUAUAUUUACAUAGUUUACGUUAACCUUAUCAAAUACGAUUCGUCUGAAAAACAUAACGAGAACUUUGUAUCUCGUUUUAAUGGCAUACAAGACCCACGAAGGAGAAUAGUUGGAAAAUUUAUUCAGCAUGUAUUAAAAUCCUGUUGUACGUUAUUCCAUUCUUGGCAUUUACAAAAGAUAUAUCUGCUUUCGAACGAGUCAAUUUUACUUGUAACGGUUUUAGCUUUACAAGUCCCUUUAAGAAUAUUUACUUCAAAAUGCAUGUAAUAUUUCACUGUGUACAAGUUAACAGAAGAUAAAAUGCUCCGUUAUCUUUUAUUGUGAAAAUAAAUGUUGUAAACAAUGUGGGAAUACCUGUAUUCGUUUAGGACCUUAUAUUUUGUACGAGAGAGAAACCUGUUUGCAAAAGAUUAAAUGUAUUCUUAGAAAUUAUCUUGUAUAUGAAAUUAAUAGG